AUGACAGAAAAUAAGAGAAACUCCAAUGUUCAUGAGCUCCUACAAGAACUUCAAGCUCUCAGUGAAACCCUUUACCAAUCACAUUCCUCAGACAGAACCAGAAUAACAACAACUUCAUUAGCUCUACCAAGAUCAGGCGCGUCUCCUUUUGUCUCGUCGGCUGAAGAUGGCAAUGACACUGCUAAAGUUAACAACAAACAAAACAACAAAAUUCGGUCUAGAACCAACUUAAAAGUAAAGCAGGUCUCUCAAACUUUUAAGCCAUCCAUGGCUAGGUCUCGCGGCAUGUCCUUGUCUCCGUGGAGAUCAAGGCCAAAGCUUGAAGAUGCCAAGGCAACUCUCACUCAGCCAUAUACCAAGAAGUUUGAUAACAUGGAAAAUGACAAGAUAGGAAUUUGGAGGUGGAAUCCUUUGAGGGCAAUUUCUCAUAUUGGAAUGAAAAAACUGAGCUGUUUGUUUUCUGUUAAAGUGGUCACUGCUCAAGGCCUUCCUUCAUCCAUGAAUGGACUAAGGCUUUCUGUUUGUGUUAGAAAGAAAGAGACCAAAGAUGGGAGUGUUCAGACAAUGCCAUCAAGGGUUGAUCAAGGUGCUGCAGAUUUCGAAGAGAUUUUUUUCAUAAGGUGUCAUGUUUAUUACAACCAAGGUAGUGGGAAGCAACUUAAGUUUGAGCCAAGGCCGUUUUGGAUAUACCCUAUUGCAGUUGAUGUGAAAGAGCUUAGUUUCGGAAGAAACUGUGUGGAUUUGAGCCAGUUGGUUGAAGAAUCCAUUGAGAGAAGCCAGCAAGGCACGCGUGUGAAGCAGUGGAACACAAGCUUUGGGUUAACGGGAAAGGCAAAAGGAGGAGAGCUGGUUUUGAAACUUGGGGUCCAUAUCAUGGAGAAAGAUGGAGAAGUUGAGAUGUACAAGCAGGAAGAGAAUUUUUUUAAGCCUAGUAGGUUCAGAAAGGUUACAUCUUUUGCUCGCAAAAGAUCCAAGUCUUCACUCAGCUUUACUAGUCCAAGAAUAAGAAGUAGAAGUGAUGCUUAG